AUGGGCUUCCUUUACUCACAAUUCUUCGUUACUCCCACAUACCCAACACAGUCUUUCGCUGAUCAGACGGUGCUCAUCACUGGCGCCAAUGUCGGCUUAGGGCUAGAAGCUGCACGUCACAUCACGCGACUAGGCGCCGCACGAGUGAUCCUGGGCGUUCGGAAUGUUUCUGCGGGCAACGAAGCAAAAGAGGACAUUGAGAAGUCUACAGGUCGUCUAGGUGUCUGUGAGGUGUGGGAGGUCGAUUUGGCUUCCAAUGCUUCCGUCCUUGCCUUUGGCGACCGCAUCGCCAAGCUCCCUAAGCUCGACGCAGCCAUCCUCAAUGCAGCGAUCGCCACAGGGGAGUUUAGUAUUGCCGAGGGUUAUGAAAGAACCGUCACUGUCAAUGUCAUCAACACUCUACUCCUCGGUCUUCUCCUCCUGCCGACGUUGAAAGCCACUCGAAAGAAGAACCCAUCGCACACGCCCCGACUUGCAUUUGUUGUGAGCGAGGUACACGGCUGGGUAGAGUUCACAGAAUGGAAGGAAGAUAAGCCAAUGAAGUUCGUCAGCGAUGUUACCAAAGCCAAAAUGGGCGAGCGAUAUCCAUUAUCGAAGUUGCUCGAGGUGCUGCUUGUGCAGGAACUGGCGGGUCGUGUUCGUGGAUCAGAGGUGAUCAUCAAUAUGCUCAACCCUGGUCUCUGCCACUCAAAGCUGGGGCGUGAGGGUGGCUGGAAGUUCACAGUGAUGAAAAUGGUAUUGGCGCGGUCCACCGAGGUUGGAUCCCGAACGCUGGUAGCGGGCGCUACUGCGGGACUUGAAAGCCAUGGUGCAUAUAUGCAUGAUGGACAUGUGGAGAACACUUCCCUUUCACCUUUUGUUCGAAGUGACGAGGGGCGCCAAGCCCGGGAGAAACUAUGGGCUGAGCUGUCGAUGAUCCUCGAGGGUGUUCAUCCCGGGAUUAUGCAGAAUGUAUGA